CCAUUCUCACUUAUCUCUCACUAUAUUUUGGCCGCCAAAAAAGUGGUAGAAAUUUCAUCUAAUUUCCGGCCGAAAUCGCUUUUAGGGUUCAUCAAAUUUGGUAGCAAUGGUUGGGUAUGCAAUUUAUCUGAAGAAAAGGAUGGAGAAGAUGGAUGAAUGGAUGCAGCAACUACUAAAAAGUAGGUUUUUUGGUGUAUGUCAUGAUCAUAAAGAUUCUAAGAAGAAUGAAAUAAAUUUCUUCUGUAUAGAAUGUCAUCAAUGUUUAUGUCAACACUGUAUUUCAUCUCCUUCCUCGCAUUGUCUUCAUAAUCAAACUCUUCAAAUUCGAAGAUAUGUCUAUCAAGAUGUUGUUAGAAUCUCUGACAUGCAGAAACAUAUUGAUUGCUCCAAAGUUCAGACGUACGUAUUAAACAAUGCCAAGGUUAUUUUUCUGAAUUCUCGACCUAAUGUGAAGCCCCCAAAGCUGUCUAGUGCUUAUUGUAAAGUUUGCGAUAGAUGUUUGGCCGAUAAUAAUCAAUACUGCUCUAUUGCUUGCAAGAUUUCAGUUCGUCCGGAGAGUUCAAAUGAUGAAUUCCAUUGCUAUUCAUACCCUGUUUCUCAAUUUAAUGAUAUACAUUUGGAUGAGAGUAAAAGAUGCAGCAGCAGCAGUGGCAGCGGCGAGUCUGAUGAUCUGAAUGAGGACUCUAAUGGUGAUUCGGGUGAGGAUUCAUCUGUGACGUUUUGCAGUACAGGAUCAUUGAAGCCAAAGAAACAAAUGCACAAGAGAAAAGGUGUCCCUCAUAGAGCUCCUCUAUGUUAAUUCAUUUUUAGCUUCUUGAAUACUUUCUUCCUUGAUAUAGAAUUAUCUUCUUAUUUAAUAUCCGGGGUAUUAAUUUUUUGGCAUGGCAAUUUUCUCGACAUUGCCAGUUAUGAUAUAUAUUCCCAUAUUUAGGGUUUAUAUAUCUUUUUUCUACAAAUCGGCAUUAUCACCAAGUAUAGG